ACCAAAAACUUCGAGGGUUUUCCAUUACAUAAUUGAUAUAGAGAGAGAGGGAAGGCAACACAACAUAUAGAACACAAUUCAGCACUCUUCACACUCUCUAUAAACCAAGCCCUCUGUUUCUCCUCUCAAUUUUCUGCAUCUCUCUCUAAUCAGCAAUCAUGCACGCACCAGUUGUCGUUCUCAAGGAUUCCACAAAACGUGAAAGUGGUACCAAGGUCCAUCAUGCUAACAUUCGAGCAGCAAAGGCUGUUGCUGAAGUAAUUCGAACGACACUGGGUCCACGUUCGAUGUUAAAAAUGCUCCUUGAUGCUGCUGGAGGCAUAGUUGUGACAAACGAUGGGAACGCCAUUUUACGAGAAUUAGAUCUUGCACACCCAGCUGCCAAGUCAAUGAUCGAACUUAGCCGAACACAAGAUGAAGAGGUAGGAGACGGAACAACUUCUGUUAUUGUUCUUGCUGGAGAGAUGCUUCAUGUAGCUGAAGAUUUUAUUGAUAAGAAUUUUCAUCCUACUGUUAUUUGCCGAGCCUAUACCAAAGCUCUGGAAGAUGCAAUUACAGUUAUUGACAAGGUCGCAAUGACAAUUGAUGUGAAGGAUCGUGCUACUAUGUUGGGACUAGUCAAAAGCUGUAUCGGCACAAAGUUCACCAGCCAGUUUGGUGAUCUGAUUGCGGAUUUAGCAAUUGAGGCCACAACAAUAGUUGGUGUGGACCUUGGCCAAGGUCUGCGAGAGGUGGACAUUAAGAAGUAUAUUAAAGUUGAGAAAGUGCCUGGAGGCCAAUUGGAAGAUUCCCAGGUGCUUAAAGGAGUGAUGUUCAAUAAGGAUGUGGUUGCUCCUGGAAAAAUGAGGCGGAAGAUCCUUAACCCACGCGUCAUUCUUCUUGAUAGUCCUCUUGAAUACAAGAAAGGUGAAAAUCAAACAAAUGCUGAGAUAAUGAAAGAUGAAGACUGGGAAGUCUUGCUAAAAAUGGAAGAAGAGUACAUUCAGAAUUUGUGUGGACAGAUACUAUUGCAUAAACCAGAUGUAGUGAUCACUGAAAAAGGGCUAAGUGACUUGGCAUGCCAUUACUUAAGCAAGGCUGGUGUUACCGCAAUUAGGAGAGUGAGAAAGACAGAUAAUAACAGAAUUGCCAAGGCAUGUGGGGCUGUCAUUGUUAACAGGCCAGAUGAAUUGCAGGAGUCGGAUGUAGGUACUGGUGCUGGGCUUUUUGAGGUCAAGAAAAUUGGUGAUGAGUUCUUCACAUUUAUUGUCGACUGCAAAGAUCCAAAAGCUUGUACUGUGUUAUUAAGAGGUGCUAGCAAAGAUCUGUUAAACGAGGUGGAAAGAAAUCUCCAGGACGCAAUGUGUGUGGCAAGAAAUAUCAUAAAGAACCCAAAACUUGUUCCUGGAGGUGGUGCUACAGAGCUGACUGUAUCAGCAGCCCUGAAGCAAAAGAGCGCAUCCAUCGAAGGCAUAGAAAAGUGGCCAUAUGAAGCAGCUGCUUUAGCCUUUGAGGCUAUACCCCGAACAUUGGCCCAGAAUUGUGGUGUAAAUGUUAUAAGGACUAUGACUGCCUUGCGGGGAAAGCAUGCAAAUGGUGAAAAUGCUUGGAUUGGCAUAGAUGGAAACACUGGUGAAAUUGCAGAUAUGAAAGAAAAGAAGAUAUGGGAUUCAUACUCAGUAAAGGCUCAGACUUUCAAGACGGCCAUAGAAGCAGCCUGCAUGCUUCUAAGGAUAGAUGAUAUCGUUAGUGGCAUCAAGAAGCAGCAGGCUCCUGGAGCACAAGCUCCCUCUAAACCAACUGUUGAGCAGGCUGAUGAUGCAGACAAUGAACAAAUGAUUCCAGAGUGAUUAAGUUAGGAUGAAGUGCUGAACUUUAUUAUCACUUUUGCCCCUGGGAUCAUGUCACCUGAGUAUGGACUUUCUAACCAGAGUGAAAUUAUUUGAUAUGAUGCUCGGUGGAAGGUUCAUCGAACCUCGUGGGUGUAAACUGAUCCCUCUUUGUAUGUCUUUUGUUUCUUUUCAUUUAUUUUUGUUGAGUUUUUCGUGUAACUUAGCCAUGGAAAGGUAGCCCAUUUACUUUUAACUGCUGUAUUUUUUGUAGCGGAAUUGUUUUCAGAAUCAGUCUCUCAGCAAAUCUUUUCAUUGAAUUUGCAAGAGCUUUCUCAUACGGAUGCCCAAUAUUGCUUAUAUGCAGCUUAUGAGGCAAAGGUUUUGAAUUAGUCAGAUGUUUUUAAGAGAUGAUUUCUGUUUGUAGUCUAUAACCAAUGUCCUCACUUCUUAUUUAUCCGGGUUGGAAAUUCUA